AUGAAGAAAGCUGUUCAACAGAGUCGUUUCACCAGGUUUAAAAGGACUCUCUAUAAUCCAGAAAAACAUGAAAUUUUAGGGAGGACUUGCAGAGAAUGGGUUUUGAUUUUCAUAUUUUACGUCGUGGCAUACACAUUCUUGGCUUUAUUCUUCGUCGGUAUGCUAUCAGUUUUUCUGUAUGGAUACGUCAGUAAAACAGUUCCAACACUCACUGGGGAACAAAGCAUUUUGAGAUUUCAGCCAGGAAUAGAACUUGCCGCAAGACCAAACUCUUUUAAUACGUUUAUCCAUGUUGCAACUUUCCAAUCUACAAUCAACCAACCGUAUAUUAAUAAAGUGAAUGAACUGUUUAGUAAAUAUGGCUCGAAAGGUGUAAAUGAAGAGUGCAGCGGACCUGGUUUGCAUCCACAGAAUCCAGAUGUCCCCUGCAGCUUUGAUCUCAGUGUUUUGGGUGAAUGUCAGUCAACUGAGAAAACUAUAUUGGAGGGAAAACUAUGUCUUUAUUUGAAAAUAAAUCGAAUCUACGGUUGGUUACCUGAUUUGGAAGAUCCUAAAUCGAUUCCAUCACCUGCUAUCGAAUGUGGAGGUACAAAUGAAUUCGAUAAAGAAUCCCUUGGUAUUGUAAGAUACUUUCCAGAACACAUAGCACCAAAUGGGAAGAAGUAUGGUGUCAUAUCAAACAAUUAUUUUCCCUAUUUAAGAAUGAAUAAUUAUCAAGCACCAUUAGUUGCUGUACAACUCUCUAAUAUAACAAGAAAUACUGUUGUCCUAGUUGAAUGUCGUUUGGUUGGUUUAAAAAAUUCUAUCGGUGGAACAGGUUUUGAAGUUUGUGUUGAUGACAAAGAUUCAGGAAAAUAA